CGGAGGAGGGCCGUGGUUGAUGCUUCCACCGGCGCGGUCGGGGAAGAUGGCGGCGUACAAGUUAUACUCCCCCGUGAAGGGACAAGUAGUGAGCUUUUUCAACAUCAACGACAACGAUAAGACGGUAGAGGUAAUGCAGGACCCCGCAACUAAGUUGGUGGGGUCGUCGCACGGCUGGCUAGCUCUGUACAACCCCCGCCGCAGGGCCUUUUUCCUUUCGAAUCCCCUCUCCGGCCGCCGCAUAGAUCUUCCGCAGCCGCCCGACUUUUUGGAACCCAUUCACAAGGUGAUCGUGUCGUCCUCUCCCGACGAAGACGAUGACUGCCGCGCCUUGAUGAUGUUUUCCAUGCAGACAUGUUUCUAUGUCUGCCGUCCCGGCCGCAACGCAUGGACUCUCUUGGGCAAAUUUGGUUACGAAGAUUUCGUCUACUCCGCCGCACGGAAACGAUUUCUGUGCUUGCUGAGUGAGCAAGUUAUGAUUGAUUUUGAUGAUGAGGAGGAGUUUGAGCCCUGGGACUUGGAGUGCUGGAGUGUUGUACAAGAACCGGAACCAACCAUCGACCUCGAAUGGAUGACCAAGUCGUUGGAUUCUGAGCUUUUUCAUAAGCAAGUGAGAGAGGUUGGUGCUUGCUACGAGCCCGUAGUGCAUUACACCAGAUACCUGGUCGCCGACGACCGCCGCGGCCGCAUCUACGUCGUCGUGCGCUAUAUCGCCUGGUUCGAAUAUGAGAAAACGGUUGGAUUUGAUGUGUAUAGAAUCGACAAGGGCUUCAUGAAGAUGAAGGGGAGCUUGGAUGGGCUGGUGAUGUUUGUCGGAGUCAACGAGUCGUUUGCGGUGGCGGCGUCGGAGUUCCCGCAGCUGCAGCCGGAUUCCAUUUACUACACACGUGAUACGUCUGGCGGUCACGAUCUUGGCAUUUUUGAUUACCGUCGCAAGAGUUUUUCUUCUUGCUAUUAUCACCGCGACACUUCAACUUUCCAAACCAUUCACCCACCACCUCUUCUUGCUAUUAUCACCGCGACACUUCAACUUUCCAAACCAUUCACCCACCACCUCUAUGAAUAG